AAGUUUUGGGCUUCGGAAUCCGAAUCUCUCAACUUUCAAGGGCACCCGCCUCGCUCGUCUAGCCAAACUGAAUCACUAAACGGGGCAUCUCGUCGUUAAUCACCUGUAAAACAGGAUGGCCCCACCCACCGUUUUGGUUACCGGAGGAGCCGGCUACAUUGGUUCCCACACGGUUCUGGAGAUGCUCAACGCGGGCUACAACGUCAUCUGCGUGGACAACCUGUGCAACGCCUACAGCAGUGGAGCGAAGCUACCGGAAGCUCUCAGCAGGGUGCAGGAAAUCACCGGGAAGAAGGUCCACUUUUAUAGGGUGGACAUUACGGACCGGGAGCAAGUGCGCUCCGUUUUCCAGGAGCACAAAAUCGACAUGGUGGCCCACUUUGCCGCUUUGAAGGCCGUCGGCGAGUCCUGCCGCAUUCCACUGCAGUACUACCACAACAACAUGACCGGCACCAAUGUCCUCCUAGAGGCCAUGGCCGACAACAACGUGUUCAAGUUCGUGUAUAGCUCCAGUGCCACUGUCUACGGCGAGCCCAAGUUCCUGCCCGUGACCGAGGAGCACCAGACGGGCAACUGCACAUCGCCGUACGGUAAGACCAAAUACUUUACAGAGGAGAUUCUCAAGGAUCUGUGCAAGUCGGACAAGCGCUGGGCUGUCGUCUCGCUGCGCUACUUCAACCCCGUGGGCGCCCACAUCAGCGGGCGGAUUGGCGAGGACCCCAACGGCGAGCCCAACAACCUGAUGCCCUACAUCGCCCAGGUGGCAGUGGGCCGCCGUCCCAGCCUGAGCGUCUACGGCAGCGACUUUCCCACGCACGACGGCACCGGCGUGCGCGACUACAUCCACAUCGUGGACCUGGCCGAGGGCCAUGUGAAGGCGCUGGACAAGCUGCGCAACAUCGCGGAGACGGGCUUCUUCGCGUACAAUCUGGGCACCGGCGUGGGCUACUCGGUGCUCGAUAUGGUGAAGGCGUUCGAAAAGGCCUCUGGCAAGAAGGUCAACUACACGCUGGUGGACCGGCGCUCCGGGGACGUGGCCACCUGCUACGCGGACGCCUCGCUGGCGGACCAGAAGCUCGGCUGGAAGGCCGUGCGCGGCAUCGACAAGAUGUGCGAGGACACGUGGCGCUGGCAGAGCCAAAACCCCAAUGGCUAUGCCAACAAGUAGUUCCUGAGCUACUGCAUCGUCAGGUAGCAACUUCUAUUUGCCUCUAGUUGUGUAUAUUUGUUUACAAAUUUCGUGUAUUAUCCCCCUUUCCCCUCUUUUUUCGAUGUGUGCCCGUGUGUGUAUGUAAAUCCAAAGUACUUUGUAAUUAAAAAAGGCUUUUCGCUGUUGUCAUGUAA